UAACGCUGCAUAAUACUCUCCCGUAACUGUUCUUCCCUUCUACAGGUAAUCGAUGAAGAUUAUGCCAUGCGCAUUCCAACUGACGGAACUGCAGAUGGUCGACUGCAAGAGUAAGUGCGCAUCUUUGUUGAUUCGCAAUACACGAUUGCCGUUUUUACACCAAAUCAUCACUUGUGAUGAAAAGUGGAUUUUGUACGACAAUCGAAAACGAUCAAGCAAAUGGGUAGAUAAGAAUACACCGCCAGGACAUACCCCUAAGCCGAAAUUCCAUCAAACGAAAAUUAUGGUUACCAUAUGGUGGAAUGCCAAAGGAGUGAUCCAUUAUUCCUUCCUACAACCAGGCAAAACCAUAACAGCGGAGUCCUAUUGCCGUGAAAUUGAUGUCAUGCAUGAGAAACUUGUGAAAAACAACCAGCAUUGCUCAAUCGGCACGGCGUAAUAUUACUGCAAGAUAACGCAAGACCACAUAAAGCUUCAAUCACUGUUGACAAGUUAAAUUCUCUAAAAUAUGAAUUUUUACCACAUCCUCCAUAUUCACCAGACAUCUCACCGACCGAUUAUUACCUUUUUCGUAAUUAUGAAUUAUUUUUAAGAAAAAAAAAAAUACAAUAACCAAAACGAUAUUAUAAAAGACUUUGAAUUGUUCCUCUCUUACAAAAAUUUGACUUGUAUCAUCUGGACCAAGGACCAUUUGAACAAUCGAUUCUGAACAAGGAGGAAGCCACAUAUGCCCUGAAGAUAAUGAACUACAUACGUCGAAUGCAAAACAGAGCUGCAGACUUAUACUUUUUGCGGCUCAUCAACGGCGUUUCCUGCACUUGUGCGCUAAUCAGGAAGCCAUGGCUGUUGGCAUAAAGAUGGCUAUGGAUAAAGAGGAUACCCUUAUCACGGCGUAUAGGUGUCACGGUUUUACCGUGGCAUUUGAUAUACCUACUUGCGCGAUUUUCGCAGAACUUAUGGUUCGCAAAACCGGCGCUUUCAAAGGCAAGGGUGACUCCAUGCAUAUGUAUGCGCCAUGCUUUUACGGCAGCGACGACAUCGUUGGUGGACAGAGAUGGCGCGGCAUCGCGGGGUCAGCUCUUCGAGGCCUGGAACAUGGCGAAAUUGUGGAAUAUUCCAGUGAUUUACAUAUGCGAGAACAACAAAUAUGGCAUGGAUACAGCCGUGCAUCGACAUUCUGCCAACACGCUGCUUUAUUCACGUGGAGACCUCAUACCGGGAAUAAAUGUAAAAUAUAGCUCUUCAAACAAAAAAAUAUGUAUCAGAAUUGGGGAAGUUACAUUUGAAAAGUAAUUCGUUACCGUUACUUGUUAUUUUCACAGAAAAAAAUGUAUUAAAUUUUCUGGCAAUGAAUAAAUUAAACGCGAGUUGACUUGUCUUUGCUAAAACUACUUACAAAAUUAUAAAUAUUUCUAGUAUACUUAUCAUUUUGAAUGAUGCAUACAUCAUGCGAUAUAUCGAUAUCAUAAUCAGAACUUGUAGUUUCCGUUAUAACCACACGUAUUGAAUUAAUGACCCAAACGCAUUUUGAUUUGAGGAAACAAAAUUUUUGGUUCUUAUGAGCCAAAUUUGAUUCUUUUAAUAAUAAAAAAUAGGAAAAUUGCAACGUUACAAAAAAUGUUAUAAAAAUUACAAUCGUUACGGAAAAAUGUUAUAACGAUAACGGUGUUACAGGUAAUGCAUUAC